AGACAAUGACAUAUCGAAAAUACUCGUUCAGUAAAUGAAUGACAAUGAAGCACAUACAGGCACUAAAUUAUGAAACAUUUUUGUGACAGGACUAAUCUAACUCUUUUCACUUGUUGGUCUUGCUUGUUGGGUGUUCCUCUUUUUGUUGGUAGCUGUUUCAAAAACAAGAGAAGCGGCUUUAGCUUUUUUCAACAAAAUGGGCACGUCUUUCUUUGGACGUACGGGUCGAUGGGCUGGAGCUGGUGGUAUUUUGAAAUCAACUGGCAAGCCAUUUGUUUGUAGUUCGACUGCUUGUCUGGCCGCUGAUGUUGAUGUCACUUGGC